AUGAACUCAGUAAUGUCAAAAAACAAGGUGCUUUUUAUGGAUGCCGAAGUUGUUAUACUCCAAAAGAUCACUUUUGAUAGAAUACGUUUUGCACAUUUUCAUCAUAUUACUAAAGAAUAUUUUAUUGAAAUU